AUGGCCGCCGUGCGCGGCGAUGACUGCGAGCUGGGGGUGAGUGCUGUGUCAGAUUCAGGGAGUUUUGUAGCUUCUCGAUCCCGGAGAGAGAAGAAAUCAAAGAAAGGGCGACAGGAAGCUCUGGAAACACUGAAAAAGGCUAAAGCUGGUGAGAAGUAUACAUAUGAAGUAGAGGACUUCGCAAGUGUUUAUGAAGAAGUUGACGAGGAACAGUAUUCAAGGCUGGUCCAGGCCCGCCAGGAUGAUGACUGGAUCGUGGAUGACGCUGGUAUUGGCUAUGUGGAGGAUGGCCGAGAGAUUUUUGAUGAUGACCUUGAAGACGUUGCCCAUGUUUCCCAUGAGAAAGGAAAAAGUGAUAAAGCACGGAACAAAGACAAGAGGAAUGUCAAGAAGGCUUCAGUGAUAAAACCUAACAAUAUCAAGUCAGUGUUCAUUGCCAGUGCUGGGAGAAAAACCGCAGAUAAAGCUGUCGACUUGUCCAAGGAUGAUCUGCUAGGUGACAUUCUACAGGAUCUGAACACUGAGACACCUCAAAAAACUCCACCACCUGUAAUAAUACCGAAGAAGAAAAGAUCCACUGGUGCUGCGCUGAAUCCUUUCUCUGUGCACACUCCCCGGGCAGCUCCUUCAGGAAAAACCGCUUCCCCGGUCUCAAGGAAGGAGACUUCAUUAAUGCCUGCGCCUUUUAAAUGUGCCGGAUUCGCUGGAGUGUCGGCGCCGGCAUUGUGUGCAGAUGACAAGCAGGAGGAGUCAGGGCCAAUGGAUUUUGAAGAUGGCGACUUUGAUGAGCCCAUGGAAGCUGAGGAUGUGGACGUGGAGCCUGUGGCUGCCAAGACUUCGGACCAAGAGAGGGAGCCAGCAGAGGGGGCGAAACAGGAGGCAGAUCCUGGGAAAGGGACCACAUCCUACUCAGCAAGUUCUCUCCCAGAUAUGUCUUGUUGGGACUUUGAUCAGGAGGAUGACAGCAGUUUCUCAGCCCCGGAACUUCAAGUGGAUUCCAGUCACCUCCCACUGGUAAAAGGGGCAGAUGAGGAACAGGUAUUUCAGUUUUAUUGGCUGGAUGCUUAUGAAGAUCCGUACAGCCAGCCAGGUGUGGUAUUUCUGUUUGGCAAAGUUUGGAUCGAAUUGGCUGAAACCCACGUGAGCUGUUGUGUCAUGGUGAAAAACAUUGAGCGAAUGCUCUACUUCCUCCCCCGUGAAGCGAGAAUUGAUCUAAAUACAGGGAAAGAAAAUGGAAUUCCAGUUAGAAUGAAGUAUGUUUAUGAUGAAUUUGAUGAGAAAGUAGCAGCAAAAUAUAAGAUUAUGAAAUUCAAGUCCAAGGCAGUGGAAAAGAGCUAUGCUUUUGAGAUACCUGAUGUUCCAGAGAAAUCUGAGUACUUGGAAGUUAGAUACUCAGCUGAAAUGCCACAGCUUCCUCAGAAUUUGAAAGGAGAAACGUUUUCUCAUGUAUUUGGGACCAACACAUCCAGCUUGGAACUGUUCUUGAUGAACAGAAAGAUAAAAGGACCUUGUUGGCUCGAAGUAAAAAAUCCACAGCUCCUGAAUCAGCCAAUCAGUUGGUGUAAAUUUGAGGCAGUGGCCUCGAAACCUGACCUGGUGAACGUGGUUAAGGAUGUUGGUCCUCCUCCACUUGUGGUCAUGUCUUUGAGCAUGAAGACAAUGCAGAAUGCAAAGACACAUGAAAAUGAGAUUAUUGCUGUGGCAGCGUUGGUCCAUCGUAAGUUUGCAUUAGAUAAAGCACCCCCACAGCUUCCCUUUCAGUCACAUUUUUGUGUUGUGUCUAAACCAAAGGAUUGUAUUUUUCCAUAUGAUUUCAAAGAAAGCAUUAAGGAAAAGAAUGUGAAGGUUGAGGUUGCUGCAACAGAAAGAACACUGCUAGGUUUUUUCCUUGCAAAAGUUCACAAAAUUGAUCCUGAUAUCAUUGUGGGUCAUAAUAUUUAUGGGUUUGGACUGGAAGUGCUACUGCAGAGAAUUAAUGUGUGCAAAGUUCCUUACUGGUCCAAGAUUGGUCAGCUGAAGCGAUCCAACAUGCCACAGCUUGGGGGCAGGAGUGGAUUUGGUGAAAGAAAUGCCACCUGUGGCCGAAUGAUUUGUGAUGUGGAAGUUUCGGCAAAGGAAUUGAUUCGUUGUAAAAGCUACCAUUUGUCUGAGCUUGUUCAUCAGAUUCUGAAAAUUGAAAGGGUUGUAAUCCCAAUGGAAAAUAUACGAAAUAUGUACAGUGACUCUUCUCAUCUGUUGGACCUGUUGGAACACACCUGGAAGGAUGCCAGGUUCAUUUUGCAGAUCAUGUGUGAGCUAAAUGUUCUUCCAUUAGCUUUGCAGAUCACUAACAUUGCUGGGAACAUUAUGUCUAGGACGCUGAUGGGUGGACGAUCCGAGCGUAAUGAGUUCUUGUUGCUUCAUGCAUUUUAUGAAAACAACUAUAUUGUGCCGGACAAGCAGAUUUUCAGAAAGCCUCAGCAAAAACUGGGAGAUGAAGAUGAAGAUGUCGAUGGAGAUACCAGUAAAUACAAAAAGGGACGUAAGAAAGCAGCUUAUUCUGGAGGCUUGGUAUUGGACCCCAAAGUUGGUUUUUAUGAUAAGUUCAUUUUGCUUCUGGACUUCAACAGUUUGUAUCCUUCCAUCAUUCAGGAAUUCAACAUUUGUUUUACAACAGUGCAAAGAGUUGCUUCAGAGACACAGAAAGUUUCAGAGGAUGGAGAACAAGAACAGAUCCCCGAGCUGCCAGAUCCCAGCUUGGAAAUGGGUAUUUUGCCCAGAGAGAUCUGGAAACUGGUAGAGCGGAGAAGACAAGUGAAACAACUAAUGAAACAGCAAGAUUUAAAUCCAGACCUUGUUCUUCAGUAUGACAUUCGACAGAAGGCUUUGAAGCUCAUGGCAAACAGUGUGUACGGCUGCCUGGGAUUUUCCUACAGCAGAUUUUACGCAAAACCACUGGCUGCUUUGGUGACAUACAAAGGAAGGGAGAUUUUGAUGCAUACGAAAGAGAUGGUGCAGAAGAUGAAUCUUGAAGUUAUUUAUGGAGAUACAGAUUCAAUUAUGAUCAACACCAAUAGCAUCAAUCUGGAAGAAGUGUUUAAAUUGGGAAACAAGGUGAAAAGUGAAGUGAAUAAGUUGUACAAACUGCUUGAAAUAGACAUUGAUGGUAUUUUCAAAUCUCUGCUACUGCUGAAGAAAAAGAAGUAUGCUGCUCUGGUUGUUGAGCCAACAUCGGAUGGGAAUUACAUCACCAAACAGGAGGUGAAAGGAUUAGAUAUAGUUAGAAGAGAUUGGUGUGAUCUUGCUAAAGACACUGGAAACUUUGUCAUUGGCCAGAUUCUUUCAGAUCAAAGCCGGGACAUUAUAGUGGAAAACAUUCAGAAGAGGUUAAUAGAAAUUGGAGAAAAUGUGCUAAAUGGCAGUGUCCCAGUGAGCCUGUUUGAAAUUAGCAAGGCGUUGACAAAGGAUCCCCAGGAUUACCCUGAUAAAAAAAGCCUACCUCUUGUGCAUGUUGCCCUCUCGAUAAAUUCUCAAGGAGGCAGAAAAGUGAAAGCUGGAGAUACUGUGUCGUAUGUCAUCUGUCAGGAUGGGUCAAACCUCAGUGCGGGUCAGAGGGCCUAUGCACUCGAGCAGCUGCAGAAGCAGGACAAUUUAAGCAUUGACACCCAGUAUUACCUGGCCCAGCAGAUCCACCCAGUCGUGGCUCGAAUCUGUGAGCCAAUAGAUGGAAUUGACGCUGUCCUCAUUGCAACAUGGUUAGGACUUGACCCCACCCAGUUUCGAGUUCGUCAUUAUCAUAAAGAUGAAGAGAAUGAUGCCCUUCUUGGUGGCCCAGCACAACUCACGGAUGAAGAGAAGUACAGGGACUGCGAAAGGUUCACGUGUCCAUGCCCUACAUGCAGAACCGAGAAUAUUUAUGAUAGUGUCUUUGAUGGUUCGGGAAUCGAUAUGGAACCCAGCUUGUAUCGUUGCAGCAACAUCACUUGUAAGGCCUCGCCUCUGAACUUUAUGGUACAGCUGAGCAACAAAUUGAUCAUGGACAUUAGGCGUUGCAUUAAAAAAUACUACGAAGGCUGGUUGAUUUGUGAGGAGCCCACAUGUCAAAAUCAAACUCGGCACCUUCCCCUUCAGUUCUCCCGAAAUGGACCUCUUUGCCAAGUCUGCAUGAAAGCUACACUUCGACCAGAGUAUUCUGACAAGUCCCUGUACACCCAGCUGUGCUUUUACCGGUACAUUUUUGAUGCGGAGUGUGCACUGGAGAAACUUAUUACCGAUCAUGAGAAAGAUAAAUUGAAGAAGCAGUUUUUUACUCCCAAAGUUCUUCAGGACUAUAGAAAACUCAAGAACACAGCAGAGCGGUUCUUGUCCCAAAGUGGCUACUCAGAAGUGAACCUCAGCAGACUCUUCGCUGAUUGUGCUGUUCAGUCCUGA